AUGUCAAAAGCUAUAUCUCGAUUGUCUCAGGCUGCAAAGCGCAUUGCUUUUGAUGUGAUGGUCAAAGGCUAUAAGUCUGUAGGAGUCAUUCAAGCACUCUUAUUAUUGACCCUUUGGAACAAACCCGCAGAAAGGUUUGAAGAGGACCAUACAUGCUUGAACGCCAAUCUAGACUACUCUUUAUUGAUGAAGACCUUUUCUCAAUUAUUCACCAUGAGCUUUAUGCUACAACACACAAUAGAAAACCCUGACAAACAAAUUGAGCUUCCGCAUCAAUUUGUAUACAUUGCUUAUGCUGCAGUAUUCUUACUGAAGUUUAGCUCCACGUGUGACCCGUUGGCAGUCACAAUUUUAGUCUAUGACUGUACAGUGCUCUUAGAAGAGGUUUUGGUGGAUGAGAAGCACAUGCCAGCCCUGUAUGCGGCCUUUUUGAAAGUGUUGUUGAAUAGCAAGAAAGGAACUUCAGCAUCUCCCAAAGACACAGAUCAUUCACAACCGUCCACUUCCACGCCUCUUGAUCCCGGUGGAUACAAGGACCCCAACUAA